GAGCACCACACCAACCCUCAUCGCCUUUUAUCCUUCUGUUCUGCUUUAGAGAUAGUCACAGUCUCGUCUCUAUCGCCUUUUUUCUCUCACUCACUGACUACACGCCAAAGCUUAAAGACUCCUCUCUCUCUCUAUGGCUUCCUCUCUCACUGCCGCUGGCACUCAGCCCUCUGCCCCUUCUUUCUCUGGCCUCCGCCGUACUUGCCCCAAGCUCGACGCCGCCGUCUCCUUCUCCCACCGCGUCAACUCCUCUGUCCGUCUCGUUUCCUCCUCGCACCGGUCUCCUAGAGGCGUUGUCGCCAUGGCCGGAUCCGGAAAGUUUUUCGUUGGAGGAAACUGGAAGUGUAACGGUACUAAGGACUCCAUCACCAAGCUUGUCUCUGACCUCAACACCGCCACCUUGGAACCAGAUGUUGAUGUUGUUGUGUCGCCUCCGUUUGUGUACAUCGACCAAGUCAAAUCAUCCUUGACAGACCGUAUCGAAAUAUCUGGUCAGAACUCUUGGGUUGGGAAAGGCGGUGCCUUCACCGGCGAAAUCAGCGUGGAACAGCUCAAAGACAUUGGCUGCAAGUGGGUCAUUCUUGGCCAUUCCGAAAGGAGGCAUGUCAUCGGAGAAAAGGAUGAGUUUAUUGGGAAAAAAGCUGCUUACGCGUUGAGCGAGGGUCUUGGAGUGAUAGCUUGUAUCGGGGAGAAGCUAGAAGAGAGGGAAGCUGGCAAGACUUUUGAUGUUUGCUUCGACCAAUUAAAGGCCUUCGCUGAUGCGGUGCCUAGCUGGGACAAGGUAGUGGUUGCAUACGAGCCAGUAUGGGCGAUUGGAACUGGCAAAGUUGCAUCUCCCCAGCAAGCACAGGAAGUCCAUGUAGCUGUCCGUGACUGGCUCAAGAAGAAUGUCUCUGAAGAAGUUGCUUCCAAAACAAGGAUCAUAUACGGAGGUUCUGUCAAUGGAGGCAACUGUGCUGAGCUUGCCAAAGAAGAAGACAUUGAUGGUUUUCUUGUCGGCGGUGCCUCCUUGAAGGGACCUGAGUUUGCGACCAUUGUGAACUCAGUCACGUCAAAGAAAGUUGCUGCUUGAUUGACAACUUUCCGCACGUCUCCAUGGAACGAAUGAGAGGAUGAAAUAAAAGGGAGGUUGGCGAGCUUGUUGUUGUUGUGUUCUUAGUUGUUCUUGAACUAAUAAUGAAAAAAACAAAAAUUGAUUCAUGAGUUCUGGUUUGAAGGAAGUUUAGUUUCCGGCGAGAAAAAGGGUCUUUGGUUUAAGAUCUUUCUUGUAACUUAUAAAGUGAUUACACUAUUUACUUGUGAAUUCAAGAGUCCUUUUUCUAUAUAAUCUUUAAAAAUAAUUCUCAAGACA